GGGGAGCGGUGGUACCUCAGGCCUCGGCCCUGCGGCAGCUGCUGCGGCGCCGCUAGGACUGAGCGAUGUGGCCGUGGCGGCGGCGGACCUGGAGAAGGUCCUGGAGAGGUUUGGGGAGGCGGAGGCAGCAACGGAGCCUUCGAGAGGGCCCUGGAGAGGGUGCGGGACUCCGCCGCAGCGGCAUCGGCGGCGCGCCACCGCGACAUGGUUUCCUUCCGCUCGCGCUUCGAAGACCUCUCGGCGACUCGGCGGCUGCGGAGGCGAGGCUGAGCGGAGCAGGAGAUGGUUAUGGUGGCUCAUUCACGGGUCCAUGGGCACGCGCCGCGCGGGGUCCGCCCGCAUAUACAACGCGCCGCGUGUUCGGUCUGACACAUGGGCCCUCCCGCGCUCCCGGCCACAGCCUCAGCCCGCGGCUGGGCGCGGUCCACCUCGGCCCGUGCACCGACCGCGCUUGGAACGGAAUGGACGCUGUCCGGUUCGGGCCUCGCACCGGAGAGGAACCCAAAACCCAAAGUCUCGAACCCACCGAUCGGCUUAUCCCCUCCGCACUAUGCGAGCAGGGCUGCAGGAGAAGACGAUACAGGCGAAGCGCGCCACUGGGGGAGAAGAUGGAGCUGAUGCCCUCCUCCCGCUUCAUCCUGUCCUCUUGCAACCGGCUGGUUGCUCCCUCCAGGACGGCGUCCGUGAGUGUUAAGCGCAAGGGGAAGAGGGGAGUAGUAUGUGUCUUCGGUGGCGACGGAGCGGGCUGCAAUGUUGAGAGCAAGGGGGUGAUAGAGGGGAGAAUCAGGAGGAGAGCCCUUGCUUGGCUGCUGGCUUCGCCAGCACUGUCGGUGGCGUUCUCGGCCUAUGGGAAGACUAAAAGCAUGAACCCUUAUGACGAAAGGCGGCUGCUUCAGCAAAACAAGAAGAUUCAGGAAGCCAACCGUGCCCCUGACGAUUUCCCAAACUUCAUCAGAGAAGGUUUUGAGGUCAAAGUUGUGACAUCUGACAACUUCAUAACGCGGGACUCUGGACUAAUGUAUGAGGACAUUAAAGUUGGUACAGGUGACUCUCCAAAGGAUGGUCAGCAGAUUGUAUUUCACUACGUGGGCUACAAUGAAGCAGGACGAAGGAUAGAUAGCACCUAUAUUCAGGGUUCACCUGCCAAAAUUCGGUUAGGGAACAAAACACUAGUUCCAGGUUUUGAAGAAGGAAUACGGGACAUGAAACCAGGUGGUAAGAGAAGAAUUAUUAUACCUCCAGAUCUUGGUCCUCCUGUUGGGCCAUCGACGUUCUUCAGUGCGAAGCAGUUCGAAGUAUUUGACGUUGAGCUACUGGCAGUGCAGGAUUGCCAGCGGAGAACGAUAGCCUUCUACUCUGAUGUUGUAUGCAACUGACAACUGAGCAUCAAAUCAUCAAGUCUCCACCGGUAGGACAUUGCAUCUUCGUUCGUUGGAAAUGACAAAAAAAUUGUUACUGGUCGGAGCUGUUGUAUAGCCCAGCUGCUGUAAUUGCCACAGUAAAGGCAACACCAAUGGAUGUAACUGGUGUCAUCUGAUGAUUAUUGGCAAUGGCAGCGUAUUAUCUUGUUUGUCA